AUGGAGCCGAUCUCCGCCGCCGAUAAGUCGGCGCCGACAUCGGCCGACUUUCCCCUUCGGGUGCAAAUGGGUCGCGGUCUCAGCUUCACCUUAGAGUGGAACGACUACGCCGUCCUUCGCGACCAAAAGAAAGAGUUCACCGAGAGAUGCUUUGGACUCGCCAUCAGGUUCGCUUGGUUUGACAUUGGGCGGGACGACCUGCGGUUGUGGGUGCUCGGGAUCGGCCCGCUUCGAUCGGCCAUGAAAGCCGCCGACCAUUCUUGCUUUGCUAAGGCUUUCGACGCCGACAUCGCCGCUAUCCCGCUGAAAUCGACCGGCGGCCCGCUUCCAGGGUCACACUGCAGCGUCAUAGCCAUCCUCUACCCAGGAGAUGUGCUGAAGGCUGAGGGACAGGUCUGCAGGACAUCGAUCCGGCACAUCGACCCGCACACCGGAAAAGGGAAGCACCGCGACGAGGCCGUCCGCGUCCUGAAGCUAUUCCGCACGGCUGCCCUGGCCGAGCUGGGGCGUCCCGGUAGGAAGUGGGACGGGGCGCCGCCAUCACAAGCAGUGGUGGAGGAAAGGCUUGCCGACUGCGACGACCCUAUCCGCGACAAAGUGCCGGGCACAGUGUCGGACGGGCAUGUCGGCACCGGCAUGCUUGCCGCGACGUCGUUCGGGUGGGUGGCCAAGCAGAUCGGCCUGCUGACGGGCGACAAGGCUCGGAGCGCUGUGAGCAUCGAGAACAUCAAGGUCGCGGGUUUGAGGUCGCUCCGUGAUAGCAUGGUCGAUUACAUCUGCCAUCGUGUCGCCGAAAACCGGAUAGCGGCGCCGACUUCAGGCGCCGACGGACCCGCCGAGGGUGCGAUUGAUGACGACGGCGCGGAAAGUCAGACGGCGCCCCAAGCAGCAGCUGCCGCCCAGCGCCAGGAGGACUUGCCGGUGUCCGCGGAAGGAGGAACCGGUGGAGGACUAGGCGACGAUGCGGCAGGCGCAGGGAGGAAGGAAGAGGAGUUGACGGACUCUGGCUCAGAGUCGGAGUCGGAGGGGGAGGAGGAGGACGAAGGGGAGAAGGAGAAUGAGGACGAGGAGGAUGACGAGGGCAAGGACGAGAACGAUGAGGUGGUGGAGGUGGUGGCCGGGAAGGAUGAGGCGGCGCACGAGGAAGGGGUGGAGGAGGAGGUGGAGUACGAGCUGGAGUACGCAGACGGCACGGUUGAGGCGGUGGGGUCGGCGGACGAGAAGAACGAGGAAGCGGAGGAUGGCGAUGCGGGUAAUGCUACGGGGUCGGCAGGUGAGGGGAAGGAAAAGGAUGAGGUCGGCGUGGAGGCAACGACGGAAACGGGCCAGGAGGAGGCGGCAUGCGAAGGUGCGAAGGUGUCGGUCGACGCCGGCGAAGGUGCGAACAUCGCGGGCGUGCAGGAGACGGGGGACGCAUCUGGUCGGCAGGGCCCUGCAACGGACGACGUCGAGGAGCUGCGACGGGAGAACUUGCUGUUGAGGGCGGAGAACGCUCGGCUGCAGGGUUUGCUCGAUGCGGAACGGGCUCGGCUGGACGCGUUUUUUGUUGGGCUACGUGGACUCGUCGACCACCUGAAGGAGUUGGCCGAGCAGGUCGACGACACCGAGAAGUAUGCGGCGGAACAGCUGCGAAACGCGGCGGAGGCCAUGUCGCAGACCAUCACGGGCAACAUCACCGGCAGCUUCGACGAGGCGUGGAAGACGAUGAAGACCUUCGCGGAACAGGCGUCGGCGUGGCUGGAGGACUUCGACAACCCGGAGGGAAAUGUGGCGUAUCAACGCGCCUUCUCGGUCACCACCUUGGCCGACCACGUCGACAAGGUGGUGGGCGAUGCGCAGGAGGAUUUGCGGGAGCACAUCACGAGCCAGUUGUCCGCCGCAGCUGUCAACAUCGCCACAGCUGUGACCGGCAGGCUCCCCGUGCAGCCGCCGCCACCGCCUCAGCCCACGCCGCCCGCCCUCCCGGAAGAGCUCUUGAAGUCGUUCAAGGCCGACAUCAUGAAGACGGUGACGGAGGCCACCGAGCAGUCGUUCGUUGCGUCCGGGAUGAAGAUGUUGACCGAGAUGAUCGGCACGGUGGCGCCUGGUCGACGUGGGUCGUCGCCUUCGGCCAAUGACGCCGACGCCGCGCAACAGAGGGCGGCCGACAAGCAAGGCCUGAAGAGGUCGGGCGACGGUGACGACAAGGAGAGCUCGAAGCGGAGCAAGGGAUCGGACGGGAGCCGCGUCACGAAGCCUCCUGCGCGGAGCGUGGUCGACAUGCUGAAGGCGAAGGGGUGGAAGGGGCCGUCUGACGCGGUGCCGGCCAAGGGCAAGGCGAUGUCUGCGUCUGCUACGGUCGCCGGAACCGGCACGGCGAAGGCUGCCUCUGCUUCAGUCCCCGGAACCGGCAAGUCGAAGGCUGCUUCUGCUACGGUCGCCGGAACCACCAAGUCGAAGGCUGCUUCUGGUACGGUCGCCGGAACCACCAAGUCGACACCAUGUAACCCGCCUGCGGCAACCACCGGGCCCGCCGGCCAGUCAGGUGCGGGGAAGCAUGGGGAGGCCCGUGCGGCCCCUCCAGCUCCAGCAGCCCCUACUGCCGCCAAGGUCGACGCGAAGGCUGCUUCGGCACAGGGGCCACCCGGGAGUAACGCGCUUAGGGUGUUGCUCCACCGCAUGGAGUCCCACCGCCCGGGCGCGCAGCAGCAUCCUGUGGUCGACGCCGGCCUCGCAGAAACAGCACGUCGCUCCGUCACUCCGCACGUUGCCGGCAAACCGUCCGAUGCCCAAUCUGCCGCGCGGCCGGUCGCCGCCCCACCGCCUGCGGACCCCAAGUCCGCGUUUCUUCGCGCCCAUAUAGGCGCACGCAAAGCGGCAGCUCCACCAGUCACUCAGCCGGAACCCGGCACAAGCGCGACGCCGACGGCUGUAAAUGCGACCGCACCCUCCCCAGGAGCAGCUGUGGUCGAUCUGGCGGCGGAGAGGGGAGUCAGUGCAGCGCUAGCCACCGGCGGCCGCGCCGACAGGCAUGCCGCCCUCGAAUCCGUCCUGGCCCAGUUUGAGGCAGCAAAACGGCCCGAGCAUGCCCCGGCACUGGCCAUCGUGGACACGGCGCAUGCGGAGCCGUCGGCGACCAACACAGGGGGUUCGGCGGAGCCGACGGCCGCAACGGGUGUUGUCGCCGAGGGAAAUGCGGGACGGAAGGGUAAGGACGACACCGGGAAAGGGAAGGCGGUGUCGGCGGGGAAGGAGAUGGCGGAAGACAAAGGGAAGAAGCCGGCACGGAAGACGGGCGGCAAGGGUAAGUCGGCAAAGAAGAAGGAGGAGGAGGAGAAGGAGGAGGAGGAGGAGGAGGAGGUGGGGGAGGGGGAAGAGCAUGGACGCCGGGGUCAUGGCAUCCGCCGAGACAGGUCUGGCGACGGGCAGGGGUGGGUGGGCGAGAUGAAGUUCAAGAACCAGAAUCGGUACAUCGGCAAGUCCCGCGACAAGAUGGAGCUGGCCUACGAGCACGCGAUUGCGUACUUCGUCUACGACGGCUACGUGAGCAAGGUGCUCAUGAAGGAGCUCACCGCCUUGAAGCCGGGAGAGUUGGAUGAAUGGAAGGCGGUGUGGGAGGAGGUCAAAAUCCUGCCGACCGGGAUGUGGACGGUGAUGUGGGCCAGAGGCUUGUGCCAUCCGAGACCAAGGUUCGACGACAUACUCGGCAGGUUCCGUGGGUACGCAGGUUCGGGUGAUGCGCUUCAUGGCGUGCUCUGGCCGGCGAUGUGGUUCCCCAUCAUCGAGGACACGGAGGAAGGCAGGGCGGAGACAAAUGCCAACAUGUCGGCGAUGGUGAAUCGCGUGUCGAUGUGCGCGGCGUAUGGAAAGGUCGCGGCGAGAGUCGCGUAUGGGAAGGUCGACGGGAGCGCGGAGGCGACCGCGGGAGAGACGACGGAUAUGGAAGGCGCGGACAGGAAGGCGGACGAGAAGGUGCAGAUGGGGGCCCAGGCGUUAGCGGCCUCUGCAUGCGCCCUCUGGUGCUACAUGUCGACGCCGGCGUCGGUGCUCGGUGCUGUGGGCGAAGGUAAGGCGGCCGCGAUUCUGGCAGGUGCGGGGAAGGAGAGGGGCGAGCACUUCGCGAUGGUCAUGCACGUGGUUAUCGAACACGCACGCACUCGGCAGGCUCCCGCGGGGGAGGUUGCACAUAACGUCGCGCCAGAGCUGCAGCGCUAUGGAGUGGCCAGGGCCUUCGAGGCGGGCAUUGAGGAAGACGAGGCCGACAUGAUCGCAAGAGCGACGGUCGAGACCUUGGCGUUCUGGGGAAUGUGCCCCCUCGACGGGCCCAAGCUCAAAGCGGAGGGCAUCGAUGUGCCGUGUGACGCGAAGAUGGAGUACGACUUGGAUCACAGGGGGAGGAAGGGGGAGAAGGUCAAGCAGGCCAAGGGCAGCAAGAGGAAGAGGUAG